AUGGAAAGCGGCGACUUGCUUUCCUGGGCCAGGGCACAUCCUCACCUUCAUUCCCUCACAGUCCCGGUAACUUGGAAUGCUAUGGCCCUACUCUUCCUGCAAGGCGAAUAUUUUGUCUCAACCGUGUCGGGCGUCAUUGUUGCUCUCUCCUUGGCUGACCAGACGGCGUCCAUUUUCUUGCACCAUGUCAUGCUAGCAGAAGAGCUCCUCCUAGAGGUCUUCCAGCUAUACUUGUACACAAACGCUGCAGUUUGGAUUGCCUCCAAAUGCUGCUGCGAUGAUAAGAAGGUCAGCAGGGGUUCCACAGCCGAGAUCCCCCAACUUGGAUAUCAGGAAUUGGCCUAUGAAGAUGAUGGUGGCAUUUUCGAACCGCCAGUCCCUGGUUCUUUCCCAGCCAGCAACCAGCAGACCACCAAUGAGUCACAUCGAUACCACGAAGAUAGAAUUUUCAGCAACAGCAGUCGUCAAGGGGAAGAGGACAGGAAGGAAAAGAAAGGGGACAAGAAAGAUGAAAAGGAUCUGGAAACCGAGGACGAGAGCGAGGAGAGUGAAGAAAACGUCUCGAAGAUAGGCGACAACGGCGACAGCAGAGCGGUGACUCGUUCGAAGGAGCCAGCAGAGGAAGCAUCGAAGCAAAACGACACUGAUACCGACACCGACUACGACGCAGAUACGGAAUCCCCUUGUCACGGGGAUCCCGCACCUCGCCGUCGCAGCCGUUGCCGUGAGCUGCACGCAUUUUACAACAUCUCACUGCGCGUGGCGGCGGUAGCUGAGACCAAUAUGCGCCGACAUUGCGACCCAGUUACGCUAACCACGGCCACCACGGGCGCGGCAGAACAGGAAAGAAGAGAAGAAGAUGCCGGUACAGGCCAUGACAUGGACGCAGAUGCAACAGAGAUCCGCCAUCUCCAAGACCUUCCCGCAAGUUUCUUUCGCUUCCCCUUCCGUCCGACCGGCCACCUCGGCCGUAGGAACGCUUGGGACUGGACCAACAUCAACAUCAGAUUCCCCACCCUACAGAGCGAUUGGACACCGUCGUCAAGCACGGCGAAUGCACGGAGCCUCGUCGAGCGAGGCGAGGUUCCGGAGCAAGGACCGCAGCAAGACCAAGACCAAGACCAAGAAUGGAAAUGGGGGUAG